AUGGCGAAAUUCAGACCAUUCACACGAAGCCGGGCGCAACUGGCGCAAAGAGAAGAAGAAUCAGAGGCUGCGAAGUCGGCACCCACCAAGUUCACUGUGGUAUUAGAUACUGUGGCAACCGAAAACCCUGAAGCAGACGAUAAUCCGAUCGGAGAUGUCGUCGUAGUCAAUACUGAUCCCAGAAUUACGGCCGCCGAUGAUGAUGAUACUGAUCAGCUGAGCGUUGACGAUACCAUGGCUCCAGAGAGUCAAGAUAAUCCUACAGGAACGGGGACGCGAGUUGCUUCCAGGAACGAGAUAGUUGCGCAAUUAGUCGUUCUCAUCACCAAACGCGAGAAGAGUGAAAAGCUUCGCUACCGGCACCCUCACAGCACCUCUGUCAGUAAGAUUGGAGACUUUCCGACUCCCACUGCGACCAAUGCAAACACAAAACGUCCGAUCGAAUAUAAGCUGCUCAGACUCAGGGGUGGUCCUGACGAGCUUCACUUCGGAUUGAAGCUGCCAACUCCAGAUCAACCUUUGACUGUACUCAAGCUGGUCGACUAUGCCAUCCCGGCGAUUGACAAGACCCUGUUUGCGCGUAGAGUGCCUGUGAUCGGUCACAAAGAAGAUGUCGUCAGUGGGGUUUGGUUCAUUAGACGUGAUGACAAUGAUCAGACAGAAGCAUCGGAGUGGUUCAACAAAGACGAAGAGAUUGGUGCCGACAUCCUUCAACAGUAUCUGAACAAUAUGCAGGGCAAUCUACCCAUAGUCGUGUUAUGCAUCGAGGCAAAAGCUUGGCGGAAGGCGGGCAACAACGUCUAUGAGAUCGCUUUCAAGAACAACCCUGUUGAAAAGCUUCGACGGUUUUGUGAUUCUGCACUGCUAAAGCUAGCGAUAAAGCUUGAAGUUGCAACGAGCAGCUACAACCAGACGCAGGAAGGGGCGAAACAAGCAGAGAUGAUGGCUAAAUUGAAGGAUGAAUUGGAACUGGUCAAGAGUCAAACCACGAACUUCAAGGAGGAAUUAAUCGCAUACGUCGCAAAGUUAGAGGCCGCUAACGUUGACGUAUACAAGAACUUUCGGAGCGUUAUCACUGGCACCACGUUGGGCACUCCAUCUGACCCAGAGACUAACCCAGAGACUGACUCAGACACAAGCUCAGGCGAAGAAGAUGAGGUCGAACAGGAAAUCGAAUUGGACAGAGGUCAGGAUGCGGACGAGGAGCAACCAGACAAAGGUCAAGAUCUGUCUCGAAUUGACAGCUUGGAUAAGAAACAAGACGAACAAGCAAAUCAGGUACAAGUGAGUAAUGUUCAAGAGCGAGAAGAACAGACCGGCAACAGUAUCGAGCAGGUCGAAGACGGUGGUGUCAUCGCGAAGAACGAAGCACCUAAACGUUUCUCUGAGCGAACGCGAAUCAAAACUGAAAAUGUUAAGGAAGGCAAGAAGCCUGUCAAAGAAGGGGCAUCUGAGCCUUCCUCUAAGCGGAAGCGAGACGAUGCUGAAACUGUCAGCAAGGGCCAGAAGGUCGCCACGAACGAAGCACCUGAACCUCCUUCCAAACGAAAGCGUGACAACGAGGAGACUGUCGACGCAGGCAAGAAACCCGAAAAGAAGAGACGGCGACAAUGA